AUGGCACUGUCCCAGGCUCCCGCAGCACAUCCAUAUCCCACUCAAUAUGAGUACGACCCCUGGUUGCUAGACGACCAUCCACUGCGCUCGUACCCGACCGAGUGUAUCCCGGGACUGCUGCCAUUCCUAGGCGAAUGGGGCCAGUCACUUCGAAAACGCUGGAAGGCGAGCUUGCUCCGCGCCGGAUGUCUUCUCUUGGCCUGUUUCGCUGUAGUCCAUUUUCUGCGAGCGCUUCCAUUCGCCGCGGAUCACGUCCUGCCAUCUGAAUCUUUGAUCUCGCAUCUCAACCCUCGCAACCCACUCGCUGCAUGCACUUUCCCAGCUUCCGAUGUCCGGCCCAACGCUCUCUCACUGUCGUCUGCCGGCUGUCGGGGAGCCCGGGACGUUGGGCUGCAGGAUGGCGAGCUGCAGCCUGGGACCGGCUCCGAAUCAGAGAAAGCCCGGUAG